GAAUAUCAUUGCCCUCCCUCUCUCUCUUGAAAGAAACCCCAUUUCGUCACCAUUUUCAGUCACAGAGGGACACAGGGACACGGAAAGACCCCAUCUUCUUUGGACUCUUCCUUUCUUAGGGUUUCGCAUUUUUUGAAUCUUUAAGUUCUUGAUCCCUCAUCUUUCGCCCUGAAAAGAAAGUAGAAUUUGUAUUUUUCCAUCUGAAAAACUGCAAAGUCCUCGGUUUUCUGUGUCAAUUCCCCGUUGCGCGUGUGAUCACAGAAGCAUCAAAAUGUUUCCACCUUUUUAACUUUUUAUUCCCCUUUGCGUAGCUCUGUGGUUUUGUGUUGAACAUCGUUUCUGGGUGGCGGAUUUUUUUCUCUUCUGAGGAGAAUUUUCCCGGAAAGUUCUUUUCUUUCAGGGUGGAAAACAAAACCCACCAGAAAUUAUCAUCUGGGGAAGCUUAAUCCUCUGUUGUCACUGCUCCCAGGGAUCCAUUUUCUCAGUUCAUUUGCUUUUAGGGUUUUAUUCAUCGUGCCUAAAUUCUGGUUCUGAAUCAUGAGCUCUGCUCAGAGUCACCACAUCAAGCUCCACAAUGUCGAAUCCCAAGACUACCCAUUUCGCCAUUCGCACCAUGAAUUGCGUUUUGGAAGCUGAUCGCGCUUGGUUUCUUUCAGGCAUUUUCUCAAACACGGGCUGCAAUUGGCCUGGAAUUGAAUUUCUUGGCUCUGUUCAUCUCGAUUCUUUUCCUUAUAGAAGCCAUGGGUUGUGUCCAUGGCAAGUGUUGUGGUCGGUACCCCCAGUCCUCCGAUGGUGAUCUACGGGACUUCAGAGAUGCUGGUCCGUACAGCGCUCAGAGGAAGAACAUACUCUCAGAGAGGUCAUUGGAAUUCGUCCCUGUUCCUUCACACGAUUAUCGUUUAGAGUACUCUUUGUUAACGCAGCGCGGCUACUAUCCCGACUCGCCGGAUAAGGAAAACCAGGACAGUUUCUGUGUUAGAACGCAAGUCCAAGGUAACCCAAAUAUCCAUUUCUUUGGUGUGUUUGAUGGGCAUGGCCAAUUGGGUACCCAGUGUUCUAAUUUUGUUAAGGACAGGUUAGUAGAGAUACUAGCGAAUGAUCCCACAUUGUCAGCUGACCCUGUGAAAGCUUACAAUUCUGCUUUUCUAACGACGAAUUAUGAGUUGCAUAAUAGUGAGAUUGAUGAUACUAUGAGUGGUACUACGGCGAUAACUGUGCUUGUUAUUGGGGAUACCCUUUAUGUCGCAAAUGUGGGUGAUUCGAGAGCAGUAAUUGCAGUGCAAGAUGGUAAUAGAAUUAUUGCAGAGGACUUGUCUUCUGACCAAACACCGUUUAGGAAAGACGAAUGUGAGAGAGUGAAGCUGUGUGGGGCCAGAGUUCUGAGUGUUGAUCAAGUGGAAGGGCUGAAGGAUCCAGAUAUCCAGUCGUGGGGUGAUGAAGAGAGUGAAGGUGGUGAUCCUCCAAGGUUGUGGGUUCCAGCAGGGAUGUAUCCUGGAACUGCGUUUACAAGGAGUGUAGGUGAUAGUACAGCUGAGACGAUUGGUGUGGUUGCUACUCCAGAGGUGUCAAUAGUUAAGCUGACACCUAAUCAUCUCUUCUUUGUUGUUGCAAGUGAUGGAGUUUUCGAGUUUCUCUCAAGCCAAGCUGUGGUUAAUAUGGCGGCAAGAUAUCCAGAUCCUCGAGAUGCAUGUGCUGCCAUUGCUGGAGAAUCAUACAAAUUAUGGUUGGAACAUGAAAACCGGACAGAUGAUAUAACAAUAAUCAUUGUUCACAUCAAAGGCUUGUCCAAUUCUGCUGGUGGUGCUGCAGAUGAAGCAAGUGGGGCCAAUAAUAGGCCAGCAACACGAGUGAGAAAAACUUCAGAGUCAUCUGUUACCACUGGGUCAGAAGUUUACCGAUCUGUGAGAAGUGAUUCCUCAGAAGUACAGUCUUGUCAGCUGGUGCUUUCGAUGAGUCGAAGCCCAGCUAUUGUUGUUCCAUCUCCUUCAUGUCAGAGAUCUUUGAGUUGUGGUUGAACUGAAGGGAAUUGACGGAGCUGCCACACGCCCCCUUGUUAUUUUUGUCAAGUGGAUGUGGGUUGGUGGUGCAUUCAGCCGUUAGCAGAAGUAUUGGUUCUGCAAAUAGAAGAAGUUCCCCUGAACGCUAAUCUCUGAUCUCUAGGUUCCGUUGCUAAUCUCACUAAUGACACAGUUUCUGACCUAUAUGAUAUGCCUGGAGAACAUUUCUCCUUCUGCUAAUCCAAGAAUGUAGAGAGGGAGGAAAUGAGAUUUGAUAUAGGAGGCACAUACAGGAGAUUCCUUUACACAAAAUUCAGGGCGAACAUUUCACGCACUCUUGUAAAAUCUUUAGCUUCCGUUGUAAUUCGUCAUAUCCUAAAACUGAUGAUUAGUAGAUGUGACAUAUUGUGUGUUCCUCUC